AAAAAUAAAUGAAAAUGAGACAGAAAGUAGGAACCAAAAUGAUAUAAGUGCACUUGUAUAUAAAUAGAAAAGAAACAUACUAGGAUUUUUCAGAGGCAUAAUGUAAUAAGUACACUUAUGCCUGUUUAGAUUAAUAUGUAAGGCAACACUUGCAGUGUGAUAAUGUUUCAAGUGCCUAUACCUAAUUAUCUGAUAACACCUAAGUAUCAAGUUAAACAAUUAAACAAGAUAGCAGAUGUUUUGUCUUGUACCUGGAAUGGAAUGUGAACAUAAAAACUUAUGUUUUCAUCAAGUAAGGAAGGCAAUGUAUUAAAUGUUAGAAUGGAGCCUACAGAAGACUGGGAAUCAAUAUCUAAAAUGUUAGAAGAAGAUUUUAGUGAUGAAAAUAAAGAUACUGAUGAAAACAUUGUGUUCAUAGCAACAAAACUGCAAGAUGAACUGGACAAUAAUUUAAAUGAUAAACAAGAAUCAGCAAAUAUUUUAGAAAAAGAUGAUAAAACUGAAAAAUCUGCAGAGAAAAACACUUAUUCUGAUGACAACGAUAGUGAAAAUAUUCCCUUAGCGGAUUUAGUCAGACAAAGGCAGAGGCAAUGUAAACGGUCUUUAUUUAAAGGAGACAGUACCUGUAGUGAAAGCGAAUUAGACACAGAUGAUGAUGUUGCUGAUCCGACAUAUAGAAUCAAUAAAAAAAGACAUACAUUCUUCUGACUCUGAAAUGAAUGAAGUUCCAAAACGUAAGAAGAAGAAAAUAAUUAAGAAAAGAAAUCUAUCAGAAGCAAGAAGAAAGAUGCAUGCUGAAAGAUCUUACCACUUACCCAGUGGAAAGAAUGUACAACCUUCACCUUCAGGUUCAAAGGAAAAAAUAAGAAACAAAGCAUGGAAACGAAUACCAACCAAACUUUCACGAACAAAACGCAAUACGCCAGGUCGCCCGAUGGCUUUCAGGCAUAUGCACCAAGCAAUUGAAAAAGCAAAGCAAGAAAGUUCCAACCAGCACAAAGCAAGACAACUUAUAAGCGAUAUGCACAAGCGAAAUAUAGAUGCCUUGUUAGCAAGCAAUGGAUUGAAAAGAGUAAGAAUAGAGGGUGAUGGAAAUUGCCUGUUUAAAGCUGUUUGUGUUUCAACUUGUGACUUUGAAUCACCAGAAAUUCUUCGACAGAAACUAUGUGAUCAUCUAUCAGCAAAGUUAGAUACAUACAUAGAUUUUUUACCAAACAAUACUUGUGCCAAUAAAAUGGAUAAGUACAUAUCAAAAGUAAAUUUCUUGCGAGAAGAAGGGCACUGGGACUACGACCUUACAGAUGCUUUGCCCCUAGCAAUAGCGAAUGUUUCUGGAAGAGUAUUGAAAAUUUACUGUAGCAGGCGUGCUAAUCCUAUGUAUGAGAUAAGACCAACAUUGCAUGCAGACACUGAUGCGAAUGACUGCAUAAAUCUGGCAUUCAUACAAGUGCCAGGCCUCGAACAUUAUGAUGCUUGCACCAAUGCAACUACACCCAAGAAUGCUAACUAUGACUUCACUGACACUGGAAUACCAACGAACGAACACAAAGAAACUGUUGAUGUACAGACUAUCACGCCAAGAAAGCAGGCAAAGUAUAACAGUCCUGCAAAAUUUACAGGGAAAAGAAAACGCAAGGCACAGCCAGAAAAGUGGAAGAAAAAUAUUAGAAAGAAACGACGCAUGCUUGGACUACAGUACACAAAUACAAAAGGGAAGUCUGUUGAAGCAAAGCGGCUAUUAGAUGCUCGUUGCAACUGCAGAUAUAAAUGUAGAAAAAUCUUCACACAUGAGCAAAGAGAUGCAGUUUUUCAAAACUACUGGAAUAUUGGAUCCUUCGAACGCCAAAAGGACUUUUUAUGUUCCAAUGUGAAGGAAAACACUCCUGAGAGAGUUCGUUCAAGUGCAAAGAAGAGACGUGUGUGUUCAAGAAGCUUCUACCUUGACAAUAAACGAGUCUGUACAGAUUUUUUUCUUAGAACGUUAAAUAUUGGCAAUAGGGUGGUAGAAACGGCUUUGAAGUCCUCAUCCACUGGAAUAUUUGCUGCAUUUGACAAAAGAGGGAAACAUACACCACACAAUAAGACCCCAGAAGCAGUGAUUAACCAGGUUAGACAGCAUAUUGAAUCUUUCCCUACGGUUGAGGCCCACUAUACAAGGCAAGACACAAGGAGAAAAUUUCUUGGAAGUGAUCUUAAUAUCACACAGAUGUACAGGUUAUAUAAAGAGAAGUGUGUAGCAGAGAAAAAGAAAGCUGUCAGUGCCUCAAAGUACAGAACAGUAUUCUGUGAGGAAUAUAAUUAUUCAUUUCAUGUACCUAAAAAAGAUCAAUGUCAAACAUGUGUCGUAUUCCACCAGAAAGAGACAGAUGGUGAAUUAACAGAAACCAUCAAACAGGACUACGAAGAGCACAUUAAACGAAAGUUAAAAGCAAGAGCUGAGAAAGAAAACGACAAAACUAAAGCCAAAGAAGAUAAAUCAUACUGUGUUGCUACUUUUGACUUGGAAGCCGUGUUACCAGUACCGUGUUCCCUUGUCAGCCAAGUCUACUAUAAGCGGAAACUAAGUUGUUUCAAUUUUCGUUCUAUUCUUUGGCAGAUGCAAGUGUAACUUGCUACCUGUGGAAUGAAACCGAAGGCAACAGGGGAUCGUGCGAGAUAGGAACUUGCAUUCAGACUUACAUACAGUCAUUGCCAGUGACAACAAAACAUCUGGUCCUUUACUCAGAUUGUUGUUCAGGACAGAAUCGAAACAGGUUCAUUGCAUCAGCUUUGCUACAAGCCAUCAGUAAAAGUCCUAGUUUAGAAACAAUCGAUCAAAAAUUUCUAGAAACAGGACACACUCAGAUGGAGAGUGAUUCGGUGCAUGCAGCAGUAGAAAAUGCUAAGAGGCGUACUUCAGUCUUUGUUCCAAGCGAAUGGGACACAAUCGUUAGAUUGGCUCGGAAGAAAAAACCGUAUACAGUUGUGCCUAUGAAACACUAUGACUUCCACGAUUUAAAGUGUCUGGCAAAGUCUGUAUUUCCACAAAAUAUCAUUGAUCUUGAAGGAAGAAGAAUUCAAUGGAUGAAAGUUAAGUGGCUCCAGUUUCGAAAAGCAGACAUAAGCAAUAUUUAUGUCAAGCAUGACUUUGACGAGGAAUUCCAGUGCAUAAAAAUCAAACAGUCACGAAAAGGUAUUUCUCUCAGUUCAAAGCUACCACGACUGUAUACUGAGAAACUGCCAAUAGCAACUGCUAAAAAGAAAGAUUUAAUUUCUUUGUGUAGAAAUGGAACAAUACCCUCGGAGUAUCACAAAUACUACGAAGACAUACCAGAUGACAAAAAUGUGAGAGACUGCUUACCAGAUCCUGACGCACUGGAAAGCGAUAAAGACUCCGACCCAGAGUAAGGAUCAGCUUGAUUGAGUUUUGUUACAAUACAUGCAUAGGUGUUGUAUUCAGUGGACAGUUGAAAUCAGUAAACAGUUAAAUUGGUACAAAAGAAACAGUAAAAUGUAUAGUGACAGAGGUCUCUUCAUAAACAAUAUUUACAGAGAGGACUAUAUGAAAGUUUUGUUUGACAAAAAAUGUUACUUGUGACAUUUUUAGUGUUUACCCAGUAUACAAUUCAGUGAAAUUCUUAUUCUUAGUACACUUAAACUAUUUUCUAUAGCAUGCACAUGUGCAAAGUGUUUUCUGCUAGUUUUCAGUAAGUGCACUUAAAACUAUAUAAACACAGAUAAUCAGUCAUAAGUGCAGGUACAUUUGUAAACAAGUGCACUUAGUGCGUUUAUACACUAAAUUGCUCGACAGACUAGUUUCAUGCCAAUAAGAUAUAAGUACAUUUUUCUUUAAAACACCAAUUUGUAUAUAACCCUGCUUAUUCUUAAGUUUAGUGUAUUAUCUUAUGAGUAUUUGCUAGUAUAUAAUCAAUUUAUCAUAUGCCUAUCUUAUUUCAAAUAAAAUAUAUUAUUACUCAAAACCUUAUUUUUGAUUUUCCCAAAAGUGUGAAAAGUGCACUUAUCACGUUCUGGC